AUGCAGAAGGAGAAGUAUCGACUUCCUAUGGAGGAGAGGAGGAGGAGAAUGCAGGGGCGUCAGGAUUUUCUGUUGGCUGAGAAGAUGAGACGUCAUGAAGAACAGGAUCAAAUGGUUCUGGAGUCAGCCAAAGAAAAUAUAUUGCAGCAGUCAGCUCCAUACAAGGACCUGCAGAGGAUUGUGCUUGUGUCCAAAGUGACCAAGGACAAUCAGGCCCUAUGCCAACUUCAGCGAGAGAAGAAGGCCAGAGAGAAGGCCGAAAGGACCACUGUGUCCGAAUAUAAAGGAGGACAACUCCCAAUAAACAAAGAGGUCCGAAAAAAUGAGCAGCAGAUCGAGGAGCGCAAAGAACGUGAGCGCCAGGCUGCACAUUCUUAUAAUGCCAUGAUUGCGGAAAAAAAGGCACAAGAGAAGAGAUGCACUCCCCGUGUCCCGCCUCCUCAGACGCAAGACAGAUUCAAACAGCAGCAGGUGAAUCGAGAGGAGGCCACUCUUAGACUGGCUCAAUUAAAGAAAGAGCAGGAGGCCAGGGCUCGCCAAGAUGAGGAAGAGAAAAAACUCCAGGUCUGGCUUUUUGAGCGCAACUUGAAUGACAAGCCGCAGAAAGAGACUGCGAAUCAAAUCACAGAGUUCUGGAGCACUCAGGUGGAACACAAACUGCAGGAGAAGAGGACAGAACAGCUUCGUCAGAUCCAUCUCUUGCAGAAGGAGAGAGAGAAGCGAGAACAGGACGAGCUAGAGUCACAGCGCAAACAGGCGCAAAGACGGCAGAAGGCGGAAAACCUGGUGCACUUCAACAGCUCUUUGGUUUCACAGAAAGUAAUUCUGAAGGCACGCCACGAAAAACAGGAGCUAGAGGAGAAGGAGAGACAGGCUCAGAUGAAGAUGGACAAUAAACAGCAACAUCUGGAUUCUGUAGAACAGGCCAUCCAAAUGGCAGUGACUGAGGAUCGCAUCAUUCUUCCUCUGCUGGCCCAAAGGCAGCGGUUCGAGGAAGACGAUUGCCUUCACUACUGUCUGAACAACAAUGUCUAUCCGAUGAAGCACAAGCGGAUGUGUGGGACCCUAAAGAACAGCUCUACAGUUCAAGAAUAG